UUGAUACGGAGGCUUUGAUCCAGCAGACGGAGGAGUCGCGCGCUCAGGAGUUCAGUCAUAAUGGGAAGGCGCUCUCUGUUAGUGGCUCUCCUGGCUGUCGCUGUUGGAGUUUACCUGCUGCCGUCUCCCAUCGACCCCAAACCACACGUACUGAAGGGGCCACCUCCGGCUCUGGAGGGUCCGCUGGCUGUCAACACCCAUCUGCAGAAGGGUCGCAGGCUGUUCACUGGGAAACUACACGGACCAGAAUCCUUCACUGCUGAUGAGCAUGGUAAUGUGUACACGGGCACAGUGGACGGGAAGCUGUGGAGAAUCGGUCCUGACGACAGCCUGACCUUCAUCACUCAGAUGGGACAAAAUCUACCAGAAUGCGGUAGCAGUACAGACUAUGAACCUGUGUGCGGUCGGCCUCAUGGCAUCCGUUUGGAUCGUCACGGUCAGCUGAUCGUUGCUGACUCUUACUUCGGGCUUCACAGCGUGGAUCCCAAAACCGGAGAAAAGACUUUACUGCUGGCUAAUUCAGAGGGAGCUGAUGGCAUUCCCUUUGCCUUUUUAAACGGGCUUGAGAUUUCCUCCCAAACUGGAAUAAUCUAUUUCACGGACUCCUCCAGUCGCUGGGGACGCAGGCACGUCAAACUGGAGGUGAUUGAGCUGAACAGCCUUGGCCGUCUUCUCUCCUACAAUCCCCAGUCAGGAAGUGUGACUGUGCUUGUGGAUUCUCUCUACAUGCCGAAUGGCAUCGUCCUGUCACCUGACGAAGACUUCCUGCUACUGGCGGAAACCAGCAUUGGACGUAUACUGAGGUAUUGGUUAAAAGGCCCGAAAUCUGGUACCAAGGAGGUCAUCAUGGACAACAUGAUUGGUUAUCCCGACAACAUCCGACUCAGUGACCAUGGUACAUUCCUGGUUGGCAUAACAACACCUCGCUUUCGGAAGUUCAUGCCACCUUUUCUGGAUAUGAUUGCUCCGUACCCAGUGGUCAAACGCUUCCUGGCCAAGGUGGUUCCCCUGAACUGGUAUAACAUUCUGCUGCCACACUACGCUCUGGUCCUGGAGCUGGGAUUGGAUGGCGAACUCAUGGGAACGCUUCAUGACCCGGAGGGCCGCCUCACGUGGGCCAUCAGCGACGUCUUCCAGCACCGAGGGAGAACCUACCUGGGCAGCACCGACCUGCCGUUCCUUCCCAUCUUGGAAGGUUGUGAUAGCUGAUGAUGACGGAUGACAUAUAAAGACUUUGUUUUAUGUGGAUGCAGGGUUCUUCACAUUCACAUUAGGACAACCACUAGUGUUUCCAGAGCAGUAAACUAAGAAAAUAUGAUAACCUGAAGACAUUUUAAGACACAGUGAAUCUCGAUCUACCCCUAAAAAUAAUGAAUGUUGAUCUUUUACCUCUAAAUGGUAAAUGGUAAAUGGCCUGUAUUUAUAUAGCGCUUUACUAGUCCCUAAGGACCCCAAAGCGCUUUACAUAUCCAGUCAUCCACCCAUUCACACAUUGGUGAUGGCAAGCUACA